UAACCUUUCCUCAUUCUUCACACCUUCUUAGUGUUAAUCGUAAAGUCUUUUGUCUGCUGUUCUUGAACUUGUAUUGGAUUUUUAUUUUAAAUACAUAAGUAUGUGGCAGAUAACUGUUGAAUCGUACAAGUCCAACCUGGAAAACUCUCUAAAAUACAUAAACGACAACUGGGAUAAGAUACAACUUAUAAGAACUCCAUCGGAUAUUGUUGAGGGGCAGAUUUAUAAAUUUAGAGGGAUGGUGCAAGACAUGUUAGAUCCUAUUUAUUUUUAUGCCACUUAUGAAGUGCGUAAUACAGCAACGGGUGAAACUCAACAGCGGUGUGGAAAAUACGUUGACUUCCUUGAUUGUGUGGAAGGAGAGGAGUUGAUAAUGGAUUCGGCCAAUUGUGUCAAUGCACAAAGAAAACCGUAUUAUUGCAUCACUAUUCCUGGACUGAAUAACUGGGCACAACUUAAUCCAAAUCAAGAGAAAAUUCUGCCUGCAGAAAGUUCUAGCAAUUUGGUUCCUGAAAAGCGUAACAUCGAGGCAAUGGAAACUGAUGAAGAACAUGAUUCAAAACGGUACCGAACAGAUCGAGGCCACAGUAAAUUGUCCGGACCCGCAGAAAAAUCGUAUCCAAUCCCUGAUCCUACGAACAUGAGUUGUAUAGUGCAUUUUUAUGAAGAUAUUCCACAAAAUAUAAAAGUUACAGAUACAAUCGAGGUUGUCGGUUUUGCUUACCGCAAUGAAAUUCCUCAAGAUGAUGCAGAUGAUCCACCUGUAAGAAAUAUUCCAAGGCUCCAUGCUGUUGCUUUCAGAGAGUUAAAAACCUCUAAUCCUUUGUAUACCGAAACUACAAAUUCAGAUGAAGUGUUGAGUGAAGCUAAAGCCUUGAGGUCAGAACUCCAUUUAGUACUUUCUCAAUUAUUUCUAGGUGAUCAUCUCGCAGCAGAUUUUUUUAUAUGUUACCUCUUAGCCAGAAUAUAUAAGAGGCAAGACUGUUUAGCCUUAGGGAAAAUGUCAAUGAAUUUAUUUAACAUACCAAUGAACAACGGUUUGAGUUACCCUCAUCAUUUAUACAGAGUUUUGGAAAAGCUUGUACCCAAGUCCUAUUUGUUUCCGAUGACGCUUAGAAAUAUGAACACAACUAAUAUGUCACCAAGGAAAAACUACGAUUUAGAUAGAUUAGAGUCAGGGUUGCUUCAACUAAGCAGCCAGACUCACUUAGUCAUCGAUGAGACAAAAUUGGAAACAGGGAAAUUAGAAGAAAAAGGUGUGCAAAACUUUAAAACUAUGAUGUAUAUAAUAUCUCAACAAAAGAUCAACUAUGACUUUAAAUAUUACAGCAUCGAGUUUGAUACGGACAUUCCCAUACUUAUCCUAUCUGAGGGAAAAUCUGCUUUGCCUAGCGAUUGCAAAGUAUCAUUAAAACCUGAUCCAAGUUGUUCGGUAACGACUGAAGUUUUCGACUCCAUCUUGAUGUAUCUCCAAGAGCCCUUGCUGUCGAAACUAAGGCUGUACCUCACAGUAGCUUCCAUGGCCGAUUUUGAACUACCUGAAGAUCUUCUACAGCUGAUCCAAGAUGAUUUUGUAAAACUAAGACAAAGAUUCAAUGCAACGGCUGAUGACCUCCACAACUUGAUAAUUCUUGCCAGAUGGACCUCGCUCAGUUAUGGAGAAAAGAAAUUAACGAGGGAAAUGUGGGAAAAAGUGGGCAAAAUGGAUUUAGCAAGGAGGGAAAGGUUGACAUGAAGGUGUGGGUUAAAUUUUUUUAAGCAUUUGUAUAUUGAAUUAUUUGUAAUAAAAAAAUUGUACCCAACUCAAA